UGUGUGCGCGCUUGGAGCUGUUUCCCUUUUGGGGGAAAUUCUCCUGCAGUUGCAAAGAUUUGUCGACCAAUCGCAUCGCGCGAUAGCCAGGUGCCGAUAACACAACGCGGGGAAGUUUCCAGCUGACUGGUCGCUGUCUUUCUUGUGUUGCUUCUCCCCUGCACCUCCACUGCAGGUCCAGCCGGGGCUUACAAUUCAUUGCCGAAGCUGUGUCAACCACUCAUAUGCCAGAGUCGACAUGUCUUCGCCCAGCGCGCCAAAGUAUCGAAAUCAACCGACCAGUAGCAAACAAAAGACCGUGUGACAGCCCUAUUGCCGUUGGACGAACGAGAGGCGUUAUCCCGAGUCGUUGGAAGAGGCCGCUGUCUUGGCCUGCAUACACUCCUUUGAUCGAGGCCAACAAUGGCCGUAAAUGGCACCUCGAGCUAUCACUCCAGUCCGCCACUGAUGCUCGACAUCAGCCCAUAUGUAUUUCCAGGCUGCCCAUAAUGAAAUUCCUCGCAAUAUCAGGAUAGAGUCCCCAUCUUCAUAUACGGCACGGGCCCCAAUGGCCUUGUCUUACCCUCCUUUGCCCUCUGUUCCGAGUCCCCGUGCCACCAAAACACCUGACUGACACCGGACCGUCCCUUCACUUACACCUCGUGGGCAAGAUGGACACCAUCGACGCGGCCACCGUUCCCGAAGACACCCUGCGCGCCAUCAUCUGGACCUGCUUUGGAACAGCUUUUGUGCUGGUUGCUCUCCGUACAGCCGUUCGAGCAAGGACAUCAUCGCCCACAGUUGACGACUACUGCAUCUUCUUUGCCCUAACAUGCUUACUAUCUCUAUGUGUCCUCGAAACGAUACAACUUCCCUCGUUGUACUACAUCGCCGGAGUCUUGGCCGGCACCGCCCCAAUAGUGGGCAUCAUUGAAGAAACGGAGCGUUAUCUUCUCUUUCAGUUUCCCAUCGUCAUUCUUUACUGGUCGACACUCUGGAGCGUCAAGGCCGCGUUUCUGACCCUCUACUGGAAGAUCUUCCGGGACUUGCCCGUCUACCGCAGGGUUUGGUAUCUUUUGGCGCUGUUUUGCUUGCUGGCGUAUGGAGGGUGCUUGGUCACGUUGACGGUGUCGUGCGGGGGCGAUGUCAAAAACUUCUUUGGGUUUGCAACAUGCGCAAAGCCGGAGCAUGUGUGGGCAUCAAACUUCAGUGUCUACUUCAGCACUACCAUUGAUGUUUUUACGGAUCUAUGCAUUAUGGCUAUGCCCCUGAGGUUGAUCUAUAACGUCAAGGUCACUUUGAGACAAAAGGUCGGACUGGUUGCCGUCUUUGGCCUGGGUUUUGUCAUGAUUGCUUUUGCCAUCAUCAGGGCAAAGCAGGUGUUGGUGGAAAAGAUGUUUGUCAAUCUGACAUUGCUCAUGAUCUGGUCGACUCUUGCCGCUUCGAUCUCCGUCAUUGUUGGCACCCUGCCCGCCCUCAAGGUCCUCAUCACCGUCCACUCUCGCAACUCAGCAAACCGGUCAAACCAGCAUUCUGCAGGAGGAAGCAAGCUCACCGGCAAGCAAUCCAUCAGCAAGAGUGUGCGGAUGGGAUCAAUUUCAAAAGAAAAGAAAUCGAUGCAGGGCAGCUUGGACGCGAUGGAGUCCCAGGAGGAGAUCCUAGUUCAACACGAUGUUGUGAGUUUUUCUCUGUUCUCGUCCAAGCCUUUCGGUCUUGUUGACAUCAACUAA